CCUCCAUUUCUCAUUCCCCUUCGUAGAGCUCAGUGUGAUUAUAGCAAACAUAAACACGUCUCUUUUGAUGUCAGCAGGUCCCUGCAAAUCGAUCGAAGAACACUAGUUGUGCUUUUUAUUAGAUCUUAACAAAGAAGCAAUAACCAUCAAAACCCUCCUACAUCUCUGUGAGUUAGAUGGCGGAGAGUUUAGAUGACGGCGUGUUUUGGCUUCCUCCUCAGUUUCUCACCGAUGAUGAUGUUAUCGCGGGGAAGAACAGCAAGAAAAACGGCUAUGAUGAGUUGGGUUUGGCGCUUGAGUUCCCGUAUGGGUUCGGGUCAUUUCCGUUCUCUUCGGAUCUAUGCUCUCCCGCUGAGUCUGUUGUGGGGUCCACUGAGACUGAGAGCGACGAAGAGGAUUAUCUAUCUGGGUUGACCCGGGAAAUGGCCCGCGCGACUCUGGAAGACGAUUUCAAGCGAAACGGCUUCACUUAUGGCACCCAAAACACCAAGGAUCGGGUUGUUUUCGGGUCACCUCAAUCGACGCUCUGUGCUGUUGGGAGUGGGUGCGGAUGCAGAAAGGGAUCGAGCCACGGGAGUCCUAAAGACGCCUCACGAGUUUCCUCUCCUCCAACAUGGGAUCUGUUAUAUGCAGCCGCAAGGGAAGUUGCGAGGAUGGAAAUGAAGGAAGCAGAAUACGGGUCUAAUCAUGGCAGGGGACUCUUGGGUCCUCCUAAGAUACCCUCUCCAGUUUCUAUUCCCUUCAAACAUUCAAAUCCUGAUGGGUAUUAUGCCAACCAGUCGCUUUCUCACCAGAAAUUGCAGGCAUACCAAUUGCAGCAGUUGAAGCAACAACAAAUGUUGAAGCAGCUGAAGCAACAACAAUUGUUAAAGCAGCAGAAUGCCCAGCUUUGGGGGAAGGGAACUGGACAGUAUCAGGCUCAGGCGCUUCCGGUAGUUCGUAAUGAAUCGAGAAGUACUUCUAGGCCUUUGGAUUUGUCGCCGUCUGCUUGGCCGCCUCUUCAACAAGCCCUGCAACAACCUCGUCAAGGUGGGUCGGAUAUGCGGGCUGUUUUUCUCGGAAGUACUGGGACCAAAAGGGAAUGUGCAGGAACUGGUGUCUUUUUGCCUCGUCAAACUGGUAUCCGCCCCGAAACCCGCAAGAAGCCAGCGUGCUCCACUGUUCUAGUCCCGGCCAGAGUAGUUCAUGCCCUGAAGUUGAACCUGGAUGAAAUGGGUGGUGGUUCUCGGUCGCAGCAUCAGAGUUGUUUUAAUGGAAGUUUUGGCAGCGAUAGUGAUGCUUCUGCUGCUUUGAGGCUGCGGAGCAACUACAAAACCGUGUCUCGGAGCAACACCAGGUCUCAGUCAGGAAUGAACCAUGAGAUCCGGUUACCUCAGGAUUGGAGCUAUUAAGUUCUGUGUUUACUUUCCUUGGUUGAUGUUUUAAGAAAAAAGUUGAAGCUAGUUUUUACUAUAGGUGAUAAUAGGUAUAAAGAAAUAGUGAAGAAGAAGAAAUGAAGAAUGGCUUUGAUUGAAAGGCCAUUUGAGAUGUUUUUUUGGGGUUAGUCUUGGGAGAAAUAAGGUUUUGAUAGUUGCAAGUUAUGAAGAUUGAAAGCCAACUUUUGAUGGGGAAAGUUUGAUUUUGUGUUCUUGGGCAAAUAAGCUGGAUUCAGUAGGGAGAUUAAUGUUAGUAGCAAAAGAUUAGAAAGGGUAAUUGCUUUGUUUUGUUAAUUCAGUUGCCCUUUCCUUUCCAUGUAAUGCCAGCCUUGUUUAUCCAAACUAUUAUAAUAAAAGAAAAUAUAUUCUA